AUAUAAUUCUUGUGUUGUGGUGAGAAGAAAACCAAUAACCAUCAAAAUAAGUUUUUGAGUUAUGGAGAUUGAAACAAGAGUAAUUUCAAUUGAAACCAUCAAACCAUCUUCUCCAACCCCAAAAUCACUCCAAAAACACUACCUUUCCUUUCUUGAUCAAAUCUUUGCUCCAGUCUUGAUGCCCAUCAUCUACUUCUACUCAUCAAACCCCAAAAUCUCCCAAUCCCAAUUUUCAAACCACCUCAAACAAUCCCUCUCCAAAACCCUCUCCCUCUACUACCCCCUCGCCGGCCGCCUCGUCGGCAACCUCUACGUCCACUGCAACGACGCCGGCGUCCCCUUCGCCGAAGCCGAAGCCAACUGCACCCUCUCUCAAGCCGUCACCAAUCCACACCCCCAAAACACCUACAAAUUCGCAAUCCCCCCCAAAACCCUAGGCCUUUGCAUGGCCGUUCAAGCCACCUACUUCCGCUGCGGCGGCGUCGCCGUCGCAAUCUCGAUAUCCCACAAAGCGGGAGACGCUUUAUCCGCCUUCAUGUUCGCCAAGGCCUGGUCCUCCUCCUCGGCCACGCUGAUCCCCAGGUUCGAGGCUGCAGCAUAUUUCCCGCCACGGGAUAUUCCCGUGGACAGGGCCGCCGCCUCGGACCUGACGAAAGAAGAGCACGUGGCGAGGAUUUUCACUUUCCCGGAGUCAGAGAUAUCCGCUCUUCGGGAAAGGUACUCAACCGGUGGAGGGCGGAGGCCGAGCCGGUCCGAGGCCUUGACGGCUUUUAUAUGGACCCGGUUCAUAGCGGCCACGGGCGCGAGAUUCGACCUGAAUAAAACUUAUGAGCUGUUGCAUUUAGUAAACCUAAGGGGCCGGGUCAACCCGCCAAUGUCCAAAUAUAGCUUCGGGAACAUAUUGGGGCAAGCGAGGGCGAGUCCGGGGCCGGGAGACGACGGCGCUGAGGUUGUCCGGAAAAUGCGGGAGGCGGUGAGGGCGGUGGACGGCGUUGGUAGGAAUUUCAUGGAAGAGAAUGCGGAUCUGAUUGAUAAUGAGAAUGUUGUUUGCUUGGGUUUCUCGAGCCUGGUUGGGUUUCCGGGUCAUGAGGUGGAUUUCGGGUUGGGAAAACCGGUUUGGAUCGGACUGGGCUGGUUUCCGCUCAUGAAUACGGUUUAUUUCAUGGAUUCCAAGUGUGGUGGAAAUGGAAUUGAGGCGAUGAUCAUAUUGAACUAACAUGAUAUGGACAAUUGCAAGCCUCACUAAUGAUUAGUACUACUAGUAAACUGUAAUCAAAAUGUCUAUAUAAUAUUUAUUUCCUUUUAGUAACAUAUAAUCGGAUGAUUCUAUACUAGUUGUCUGGUUGGUAUAAGAUUCAAUAAUAAUGUUAUUGUAAAUGC